GGAAGCGCCUAAGUAUUCGGUAAUUUAAUGCAGGCAGAAACUUUUAGAAAAGUCCAUCCAACGGAAUAUUAUAACCAAUUUUUAAGAAAAAAUAUACGCCCUGAUGGCCGAAAAUUUAUGGAAUUUAGGGAAACGGGAGUAGAAAUAGAUUGUUUUGAAUCUGCAGUUGGCUCUUCUGUUGUGCGCAUAGGGAAUACAUCAGUGAUGUGUAGUGUGCAGGCUAAGUUUGCCCCGCCCACUGAAAGGCAUCCAAAGCAAGGAUUUAUUGUGCCUGCAGUCGUCAUCUCGCCUGUCUGCUCCUCUAAAAAUAGGAAACAAGCUACAGACUAUGCGGCUCACCUUACAAAUCUUAUAGUGCAAAGAGUGCUCGCAACGGGUAACAAAGCCAGUAUAGUGGUGGACUUGAAUCAACUGUGCAUCGUUGAGAAAGAAAUCGUUUGGGUAUUGUACGCCGACAUCACGUGUCUGGAUGACGACGGUGCUUUAGAGGAUGCAGUGAUGAUGGCUUUUCAAAGUGCUUUACAGAGCGUCAAGUUACCUCAACUUGUUUCAAAGGGUUCUUCGGAUGUUCCUCAAAUUAAUACAAAAACGGCUCGCCUUUAAAAAUUAAUGACUUUUUAGUGUCCUCUACCUUUUCUUUAGUAAACAAGGAAUUUAUAAUCGCGGACCCCACUAAAAAUGAACUGUUGAUGGCGGAUUUCACCGUCACCAUUACGAGAGGC